AUGGAAGGUUUUCCUAGCCCCGUCGAAAUCGGUCGGGUACCUCGCAAAACCUUAGGAUUUUUCCCGCGUUCGAGGCGAAAGUCCUUGUCACUACCAUAUUCUGACGCCGAACCUCCAACCCCCACAGUACCUACAAGACCCUCCCGCAUAGAUUCUUCUUCCUCUUCUCAGAAUUACCAGCGAGAUAGCUCACCCUUUCAUUCCACAUCCUCUUCUCGUCUAGCUUCACCACUUAGAACUGAUCGUACGGCUCAUAGGCGUACCGGAAGCAUUACGCUACAGGGACCAGGUGGUGUUGGCACCUUGGGUCGAGAAGUCUAUGCUCCAGGUCCUGCACAAGAUGGUCUAAACAAAUUCGUCGCGCAACAUCUUCCCAAUCUUUCAGUUCCGCCGCCACCGCCAUCCACUUUACGCAAGUCGUCGUUCGAUUCGACUUCAAGUGUUCUUUCAGGAACAUCAAGCACCGGUUUAGAAAAUUUCGGCGGAGCUAUUGAGGGAUGGAUGAGGAAAAUGGCAUUACGUGCGAAAUCGAGUUUGAACGAGUUACAACAGGGAGGUUCGCUCCAGUCCUCACGUGGUCAAGCCCUUGGUAUUGCGGGACUAGGUGAUCUUAUUGAACUCAAUGAUGGACUUGAAGGAGGCAGCGAUUCUGAAGCCGGCCCACCAUUGAGGGGCAAUGGUCAUACCGAAAGCCGGAAUGGUCGCAAUCGGAUUAUGGGAAAUUACUCACAAUACGACCGCUUCUCGAACUCGCCUUCAUCAACGACUCGCACCCGUCGUCUAGAUGACUCACAUAAAAACGACUAA